AAAUCCUUGCGAAUGUUCUGGCACAUUGGGUCUAAUCCAUACUUGUUGUUUGGAAAAAUGGUUGUCCAUGUCAAACACGGAUCGUUGCGAAAUUUGUAAACAUUUAUUUUCGAUACAAAGGAAAAAUAAAUCGUUGUCACAGAUCACUAAAUAAUUUUCACGCAAAAUCGUUCGGGCUAAAGAUGAAUACGUCGAGAAAUAACCAAUAAAAAAAAAUGCAUUGAAUCUCGUAUAUUGAACGAAAAUUCAACUAUAUGUGGAUAGUGUUGCUAUUAACAAUCGUUUUGAAGAUUUUUCUGAAAAAACUGCAACAAUUUAAUCAAGUAGUAAUAGAAACACGACGAAUUGAGCUUUUACCUGUUCUUAAAUAUUGAUUUAUCAGUCUUAAAUAACUCAAUUGAUUUGCUUCUAUGAGAAAUAUAUCAUUGAUUCGGUUUUUAAAGAAGUGAAAAAUCUUGAUUGAAAGUUGUUUCGAAGAAACUAUCAAUAAAAAAAAAAGUUUUGUGAAUAAAAAAGUUUCUAAUGUGAAAAAUAAAUUGUUGAUUGUGAUAACUGGUUCUCAAAGAAACGUGUCGAAAAAAAGUGAAUUAAUUAGUUGGAAGAAUGUGAGUAAAUGGCCGUGGUAGGAUCUUGGCAUCCUUUGAACGACCUACUAUGGGCAUCUGCCUGGACACUGACCAACAAAAUGGAUCGCAGGUGUUCGAGGAAACUGAUGCUCGAAGCGCAGGAAAAUGGCGAGGAGAGGCUGGUCUCUUAUCAACUCCUCCAAACGGAUAUUUUCCGCAACAGAAUGUUGGUUCAGUUAAAUUCGAAGUUCCAAAAGUACCUGUUAUAUUUGUGCUUGGUGGACCCGGUAGUGGAAAGGUGACACAUUGUGAUAAUUUAAUGCAAGAGAAAAAGGGCAUAACACAUAUUAAUAUGAUGGAUCUUCUUCAACAGUAUGCUUUAGGAAAUGAUAUGCAAGAUUUCGGACAACUUAGCAGUAAAACUGUCGCGGAAGUCCUUAUGCUCGAAAUAAAAAUGUCUCCAGGUUCCAAAGUCUUUCUUGUUAGUGGUUAUCCACGUAAUAUGCGCGAUGUAGUCGAAUAUGCCGAGAAAAUCAAAAUUGUCAAUGGUGUAAUUCUCGUGUCCUGGAGACAAGAGAUUCUCGAAAGACAAAUCGAUUUCGGAGCACAACUCGGACAAGUAGUAAUCGAACUUGCAAGGAUGGAACUUUAUAAUUUUUAUAGGAACGUUAUGCCUGUCGCGGAAUAUUUCGAUCAAAGUGGUAUGUUAUUAGAGGUAAAUGGAGAAAGAAAUCCAAAUGAAGUUUAUAUGGAUUUUCGUGAGGCAGUUUUCAAAAUUUUAGGUUUAUCAAAUGAUGAAGUACGAGAUAAAAACGUCCCUCAAUCAUUAGAAGCAGAAGUAAAAGUCGAAAGAAGAAAAGAAUCUAUUCCAAAAUCACCAUCUCCUCAGAAGGAAAUGGUAUCACAAAUAAUGCAAUUACCUAUCACUGUGAAUGUCAAAUCUACAAAAACCGCAGAUAAACCUAGAAAAGGAUUGCCUGCAUUCAUCUGGGUUAUAGGUGGUCCAGGAAGCAAUAAAGAAAAUUUAUGCACUCAAGCUGUUCGUAACAUGCCAGGCUGGGUUCAAGUUAGUAUCGGUGGUUUAUUGAGAACAAUGGCAUCCUCAAAUACCAUUGUCAAUGAAGCUAUUGUUUCUGGAGAAAUGGUAUCGCAAGACAUCGUGAUGCAAGUAGUGGAACAACAGAUUAUUUUAAAUCGAAACACGGAUGGUAUAGUAAUAGACGGUUAUCCGAGAGAUUUAAAUCAAGUUCACGAAUUUGAGGAUAAGCUUAUUCGAGCUUAUUUUCAAAAAUGUUAUCAGUUUGGCCAGCAACCACCAUUAGUAUUACUGGAUUGUUCAAAACUGCAACUUGGCAGAGGAAGAUUAGAUGAUAAUGUAUCUGCAUUUAGAAAAAGAUUAGAACUCUUUCGCGAGAUAUCUUUGCCUAUGUUAAAAGCUUUGGAUAAUGAGAAUCGCUUAACAAUUAUUGAUGGCGACACCGAUGUACCAAGUGUGCAACAAGAAUUUGCAGCUGCACUUUAUCAAUUAAUGACACAAACACGUCGCAAAGAAGAAAACGAUCCACAUAGUUCUGAGUCGCAGAUAGUACAAGAUAAUGAAAAUAACACAAAAUCAAAUGUACUAAUUUUUAACAAUAAGAAUGAAUCAAUUAUACCAAAUGGUAUUUCUAAACAGAUAAUUGAUAGUAAAUCAAAUAUGAAAAAAGCAACCAAUACUAUAAAGAAUAUGAAUGGGAUAAGUGUACAUGGGGCAGCACGAAUUAUAAAUGGAUUAAAGAAUAGUACGAAACAUGCUCAAAGAAAUGGUAUUGAAUAUGUGCAAAACGGUAUCGCGAAUGGCGCUACACACAUGCUACAAAAUGGCGUAGCACAUUUGGCCAAUGGAAUUGUGCUGAAUAAUAACAAGAUUGCACCGGCAAUCCAAAAUUAUUUACCAAAUAACACAACAGAUGCUGUGAGAAAAAUGUACAACGAGGUCGAAGGUUAUCAACAAAAUUUACAUAUAUAAAAGCAUAAAAAUCAUCGUUCAAAUGAAAAGAAAAAAAAAUAUUUUUAAUAUUGUCCUAUCUUUUUAUAAAUUAAAUCGAUCAUGUGAAUAUUCACGAAAUUAAAUUAACUCAAGGUUCCUCUCUAAUGAAACAUGUAGUAUAAUAUUAUAUAUCAUACUUACUCAUAUACAACGUAUUAUAUUAUACAGAAUAUAUUCGACAUUUCCUGAUAACCUGUUAGAGUGUAAUCGAAAAAAAAAUAAGAAAACAGAAUUGUAUAAAAUUUCCUUUUUUAAUCUUAUAAUAUUUUAUUAUAUAAAAUUUUGUAUAAAAAGAAUUAAAGAAAAGUUAUAAAAUUUUAAAAUGGAAAAAAGAUCUUAGUGUUGAAAAUAAGUUUUAGAAAGAAUAUCUCUAAAUUAUUACGAAAGUUAACAUAUAUAUUUUUUAUAUAUCAUAUGAUGAAGUUCUUUUCAAAUUGUCUAUAAUAUUUAAAAAUUUAAUAUUUUUCCAUUUAGUUUUUAUUAUUAUAACAAAAAUUAGACAAUAAAUUAAUUAAUAAAUAGAGAAAUAUAAUAAAUAAAGAUAUUUGUUGUCAUUAUUUUUUAUUAUUUAUUUAAUGCUUAUCUUUGCUUAAUCUAUCUAUAUUAAACUAUGUAUUAUCUUGUAUUAAUUAUGUUGAAAAAUAUAUUUCUAUAGAAUUAAAAAAUGAAAAAAAUAUAUAUAAUCAGAUUAUGCUUAAAUUUGAAAUAAAAAUUAGACUAUAAAGAAUACAUGUGAAAUAUUUUCAUAAUUUAAAAAAAAUAUAUCUAUAUAAUUAAUUUUUUAUAAUACUAAAUAUAUUAUAUGUAAUCAUAUAUGUAAUUAUUUUAUGAAAAGUGAAAAAACUUGUCAAUUAAAUACUAGUCAUAUUAUGUUAUUUCAAUGUAAAAAAUAUAAUGAGUAUACAGAUAAAAUUGUUUCAUAUUUUCAAUAAAAAAUUAAUAUUCCGAUAUU